AUGCUGCCAACCCGGAACACCAUGCGACCACGGCGAGCAUACAUGGUCCAACAGCAGAGAACGUUCCUAGGGCUGCAAAAGACGCCACCACCUCCGCCAAAGACCAUGGCCUGGCUGGUCUUGCAGGGCCUCGCUGUCGUCCUCGUUGCGGAUCUUGCCAUUGCCACGGCUACGGGUGAACCGACUACGAUACGAUCUGUCGCGCAAAGCGCUGGUUUGUGGCAGGACGCUCCACCAUUCAAGUAG